AUGGCCGCUGCAGCGCUCGACAACGCUAACCCAACCAUCCUCAGCGCAUCCCAGCUCCCCACGCGACAGAAGAAGACGGCUCCCAGGCAGGGCCCCGACUCCAAGUUCGGUGACCUCAUCUUCUCCAAGCCGUCAUACUUCUCUCAGCCCCUCUCCGUAGAUGACCUGAAGGCUGUCUCGUGGCCGAAACUCAACUCGUACGAAGAUGACUUCGAAAGUGACCCCAUUGAUGAACAGGAGAUAUACGAUCUAAUCUCCACUAUAUCUGAUCCGGAGCACCCUGUCUCUCUUGGACAGCUGUCCGUCAUCAAUCUUCCAGACAUCCACAUCACGCCCUCCCCUUCUCUCGGUGCCCCUUCUCCAAACACCAUCGUCCAGGUCGCUGUCGAGAUCACGCCGACCAUCACACACUGCUCGCUCGCAACCGUCAUCGGUCUCGGUGUACGGGUGCGCCUUGAGCAAGCGCUCCCCCCCAACUACCGUGUCGUUGUGCGCUGCAAGGAGAACAGCCACAGCCAGGAUGAUCAGGUGAAUAAGCAGCUGAGCGACAAGGAGCGCGUAGCUGCGGCCUUGGAAAAUGACACUCUAAAGGGCGUCUUGGACAAGAUGUUGGAGACAUGUGCCUGA